CCUUUAAAAGGAGACCAAAGCAAGCACCACUUAGUUCUAAUUCACAAGCACUGGCUGGCUGGCUAACUGACCAACAUGGAUGUGGAGAAAGUCUUUCAUAUGACUGGAGGAGUCGGCAAGACUAGCUAUGCCCAGAAUUCUUCUCUCCAGAAAAAGGCAUCAGAUAUGGUGAAACAUAUAACCAUGGAAACAAUACAAAAACUUUACUAUGCUAUAGCUCCGAAGAGCUUAGGCAUAGCUGAUUUGGGCUGUUCUUCUGGACCCAACUCCUUAUCUCUCAUCAAAGAUAUUGUUGAACUUGUUGAAGAAACUAGCUAUAAAUUAGUUCAUCCCCUACCAGAAUUUCGAGUAUACCUUAAUGAUCUUCCAACAAACGACUUCAAUUCAGUCUUUAAGUCCUUGCCUGAUUUUUAUAGGGACCUUAAGAAAGACAGAAAUGAAGGUGGCCCUGCUAUUUUCAUAGCAGGCUACCCUGGUUCAUUCUAUGGAAGACUGUUUCCAAACAAUUGCUUGCACUUCAUCUAUUCAUCUUACAGUUUACACUGGCUCUCCAAGGUACCUCCAGCUCUUUACGAUGAGCAUGGCAAGUCUGUCAACAAAGGAAACGUUUACAUUUCUGAAUCUAGCCCUCCAAGUGUGUCCCAAGCCUACUGGAACCAAUUCCAAGAGGACUUUUCAUUGUUCCUGAAAUCACGAUCUGUGGAGCUAGUUACAGGCGGGAGAAUGGUGCUCAUUCUAUUGGGAAGAAUAGGCCAAGAUCAUGUUGAUAGAGGCAAUUCUUUCUUCUGGGAAAUUCUCUCAAGAUCCCUUGCCACUUCGGUUUCUCAGGGACAAAUUGACAAGGAAAAGCUUGAUUCUUACGAUGUGCAUUUUUAUGCACCAUCAACAAGUGAAAUAGAAGGUGAAGUGAGAAGGGAAGGGUCCUUCGAAGUAGACAGGUUAGAGAUGUUCGAGAUAGAGAGGGAAGCGAAGGAUGGAGAGAGCUAUGGCACAGCAGUGGCAAUGACAGUGAGGGCUAUCCAAGAAUCCAUGAUCUGCAACCAUUUUGGAGAUGGGAUAGAUUUAGACACCUUGUUUAACAACUAUGGGGAAAUGGUAGAUGAAGAAAUGGCUAAACAAGAAAUUAAACCCAUCACUUUUGUUGUAGUUCUUAAGAAAUUAUGAAUAUUUAUGUUAUCCAUCUAUUUAAACAUGUGUAUAUUGUUGCA